AUGGCCUGUCUCUCUAUUUUCCUUCCUCUCUUUUUCUCUCUCCUCUCCGUUACUUCUUCCUCUUCAAAUUCCCUCCUCCUCCCAAUCACAAAAGACACCACAACACAACAAUACUUAACAACAAUCUCUCAUGGAACACCCUUUGUUUCCACCAACGUUGUCGUUGAUCUCAGUGGUUCAGUUUUCUGGCUCGAUUGUUCUUCCACAAAAUCAUCUUCUUCUUCUUCUCUCCGUACAAUUCCUCAUCGUUCUCUUCAAUGUCUCACAGCAAAAAGCCACUCCCUAACAUGGCCUAUAGAUCACGAUCGAGACACACCUUGUGAAAUUCUUCCCAAAAACACCAUCACAGGGAUAUCAGCAUCUGAAGGAGUUCUUGUUGAAGAUGUUCUGGAAUUGAAGUCAACCAAAGAUUCAAUUUUUCAACCUACCCUUGACUUUGUCUUUGCCUGUUCAUCUUCUCUUCUCUUGAAUGCGUUAUCUAAUGAUGCUAAAGGCAUUGUUGGGUUUGGUAGAUCUAGAACUUCUUUCUCAUCACAGUUUUUCAAUUCAGUUGAUUCACAGAGAAAAAUCACGUUUUGCCUCUCUUCUUCUUCUGGGUUUGUUCUACUCGGAAGAAACAAGGUUUUAGAAUCUGAGAAAAUUUUCAGAUCUUUAACGUUCACACCACUUAUCACCAACGAAAACAAUGAAUAUUUCAUCAACGUAAACUCAAUCAAAAUCGGUGGCAAAAAGGUCUCUUUCAACACUCCAUCUUUGUCUCAAGAGGGUUAUGGUUAUGGUGAUGGAACUAAACUGAGUUCCGUUGUGCCUUAUACAACCAUGCAAAGUUCAAUCUACGCAAAUUUCAAAAGUGCUUAUUUAAAAGCUGCUUUGUCUAUCAACGUGUCUAGAGUAGCUUCAACAGUGUCACCAUUUGAAAUUUGUUUUGAUUCUAGAGGAGUUGAUGAGUCACAAACUGGUCCUGAUGUGCCCGUUAUUGAUUUUGUGCUGCAAAGUGAGAUGGUGAAAUGGAGAAUUUAUGGGAGAAACUCAAUGGUGAGAGUGAAUGAUGAUGUUAUGUGUUUGGGAAUUUUGGAUGGUGGUGAUGAAUUAAAGAAUCCUAUUGUGAUCGGAGGGUAUCAAUUGGAAGAUGUUUUGGUUCAAAUAGAUUUGGAUAGUUCUAUGGUUGGAUUUAGUUCUUCACUUUUGGUUAAGGAUACUAGUUGUUCUAAUUUUAGAUUUGGGUCAAAGGAUGUUCAAUUUCAAUCUAGUUGA